CCCCUAUAGCGUAGAAGGUAGAGAAAGGUUUCUUCCUAUGGUAUUCGUUUGUCAGGUUUCGAGGAAAGUUCAAUUUGCAAUAAAAUUUUCACUCGUUUUCCCUCGUUCUUCGCCAGCAAGAUCCUUUUCUCUUCUUCGUCUUCGUCUUCUGCUCAAUUACUUCUUAUUUUCUAUCCACCGCCAAAUCAAACCUCAUCACUGCUAAUAUUUCAUAAAUAAACAAACAGAAGAAUCCUUCGUUUUUCACUUUCUGUUUGCGCAAAUUAUGUUGCAUCGAAGCUUCAAGCCCGCAAAGUGCAAAACGCAAUUGAGGCUCGCCGUUUCACGCAUAAAGCUUUUGAAGAAUAAGAGAGAAGCACAGGUGAAGCAACUCAAGAGAGAGUUGGCUCAAUUGCUCGAGUCUGGUCAGGACCGAACUGCUAGAAUCCGGGUUGAACAUGUUGUCAGGGAGGAGAAGACGAUGGCAGCUUAUGAUCUCGUUGAGAUAUACUGUGAACUUAUCGCUGCACGUUUGCCCAUGAUCGAAUCACAAAAAACCUGCCCCAUUGACUUGAAGGAAGCGGUUUCAAGUGUAAUAUUUGCAUCUCCAAGAUGUUCAGACAUACCAGAGUUGGUAGAUGUGAAGAAGCAAUUAACGUCCAAGUACGGAAAAGAAUUUGUCUCUGCAGCUGUUGAGCUACGCCCUGACUGUGGUGUAAGUCGUAUGUUGGUCGAGAAAUUGUCUGCCAAAGCACCUGAUGGUCCAACCAAGAUAAAAAUAUUGGCUGCAAUUGCUGAGGAGCAUAAUAUCAAAUGGGAGCCCAAGUCAUUUGAAGAAAAUGAUGUAAAGUCUUCUCAAGACUUGUUGGUUGGGCCAAGUACUUCUGAGAAGGCUUCUUAUGCUGAACCUUCCCAAAUCCACGUUCCACCUGUCCAUGAUGAAAUGGGUCCAUCCAAUGUACGUUCUUCCUCACAAGUUAAACCAAUGCAUCAUGUAUCUACAAAUUCAUAUGAGCAGACUGCAAGUGCUGCUGCUAGAAAGAAUCAGUCCACAACAUCAGGUGUGUCUGAUCAAGAGAUUAGAUCUUCAGGAACUGGAAGUCAAGAAACGGAUUUUCUAGAUUCAUACUCUGACAACAGGAGUGCUUUUCCUAUGAGUAGGCAUAAUUGGAACAUGGAAUUCAAGGAUGCUGCCUCUGCUGCACAGGCAGCUGCAGAAUCUGCUGAACGUGCUAGCAUGGCUGCAAGGGCAGCUGCUGAACUUUCAAACCGUGAAAACAUGACAAGGCAGUAUUCAGGUGGAUCACAUAGUUCUUCUGGCAACGGGUUGAGAGAUGAAAGACCCCAAGGAUACACCUUUCAUGAUGACAAAAAUAUUUCUACAAGUUCUGUUCAUGGUAACUUCCAUAGAAGCAGUUCUGAGGCGCACAAUGAACAGAUUUCUGCUAGAGAACAAGAUAAUCUGGUAGGACACAGCGAAUAUUACAGGACCAGUAAUGAGAAUGUGGUAAAACAUUUCCAAUCGGCUUCAUCGAUGUCUGGUAGUGCUUUUGGAGACGAUAAAAUUUUUACGGAUGGUUCUCAAACGGCUGAUAUGUAUCAUCAUAGGAACUCAUUUGAGCAAAAGAAUAUUGACUUACAUGAAACGAAUUUAAGUAUGCAACCAGGUAGACAUGAAGAAGAUUUUGAGACUGACCUAUAUGAUGACAGAGAUUUGAAUACUGAAAACAAUUAUCACUUUGGAGAUGCAAGGACAAAUAAACCAUCCAGAAAAGCUUCCGCUUCUCAUCUCGUUACUCCAAGUGAUGAUCACAGUGAUGAUUUGGACUUGAAUGGCUGGAAGACUGAGAACAAAGCUGUGGAAGACCUUUUUGUUGAUGAUGAAGCAAACACUCAGAGAAACUUUACAGGAACAGCUUCUUAUAAUGGUACCUCUGUUCUGUUCGAUGAUUCUGGACCGGAGGAUGAUGAUGAAUAUAAGUUUGAUGUUGAUAAGAAGUACAAUAGGGAAGGAUCUAGUUUGUUUGUCUCAUCCCCUGGUAGCAGAUCGCAAGUUGAUUCUUGGAGGCAUGGACAAAACAUUGAUGAAAAAGUGACAAGUUUUAGUACAAAGUCACAUUUUUCUGAGGUUCCUGAAAGAUUGACAGCAUCUGCAGUUUCUUCUGAAAAAGAAGACAUGUUGCCCGUCACUUUUGAUGAUUCAGAUGACCCAGGUUCAGAUAGCGAUGUGGUGGGUUUGGUCGAGUCUAAGGUUUCUGGGCUCUCUGAUUAUGGAAGUUCUUCCCUUAAUGCCGUUGCAAGUCAUGGGAAUCUAGGGUCCUCAUCAAGAAAUGAUAAAAAUACGAUGGGCACUGACAGAAAGUUGUCACCUUCAGUUGGUUCAGAUACCAUCGAAGAUCAUUUUGAAAGAAGAAGGAUAGACACCGCUACUGUGUCAGAAAAGAAUUUUGGCUUUGAUGACUUUUCAGCCAGUCUGCCAUCUACAAAGGAAAGAAGCUCUACAUCGGGUUUGGAUCAUGAGGCAAAUAAUGAUACUGAAACUAUAGAGGAAUUUCACACAGAAAGUAGCAAGGAAUUUGGCUAUGGUACCUUGAAGGGUGGUCUUCGCAAUAAACAUUCUAAGCGGCCACCUUAUAUUAAGAAUACGUUGGAUGGUGUUUCGUCAUCAUUGGGGAACACUUCAAUCCGAAAUGAAAGAUCUUUGCUUACUGGGAUUGCUUCAAUCGGUUUUGAUACUCCUGAGCAGGACAGGUACACGAGGGAAGUGAGCAGAGGAAACAAGACUGCGACCUCGGUAUUGGACAGCAUAUCUUCCGAUUCUGAUAGUUAUCGUGUAGUUGCAAAUUCACAGGAGACUCCUGCUACUACUAUUGAACCUGACAUUCAGAAAGAGAAAAGUGAAGCAAAAAAUAAAUCAAGCUCAAGGGCCUCUGUUACAUACUUUGAUUCUGAUAAUAGUGAUUUUGAAGAUGAACUUCCUAAACAAAAUUCACCUGGUUUUGUCCGUCCUGUCAGUGGAAUGUCUCGAAGGACAUCAGCUUCUCCUAAAGCCGGCACAGGUUUAAGUUCAAGGGAUGCUCCUUUAUCCAGGGCGUCUGUGGCUCCUGCUACAACACUUGGAUGGAAAUCUUCAAGGACUUCUUAUGAGAAUACUAAUCAAAAUGCUUCAUCCAUGACGAGGAGCUCUGAAAAUUUGACAGGAACGAAGCCUGGAUCAGCCAAAAAUAAAGCAACUGAGCCAGUUUCAGAACCGAGAAGAUCCUUGCAUGGGGAGGUUUCGGAAUCGCCUGCAAGGUUACAACCUUCCAGUGUUUCUAAAACAGUGAUACAAGAUAAUAAAGAGGGCCAAGAUGAUUCAUAUGGAGAUGCUUCCUCUAAUAAGAAGGCUGUGCACGUUCAUCCGAAGUUACCCGAUUACGAUUCUUUUGCUGCCCACUUCUUGUCUCUUAAGAAGGGUCGUCCUUAAAUUCUACUCGCCUCAAUAUAGCAACAUAGCUACUGGUACAUAAUCUUGAUGGCUUAUCUUUCUUUUGCAGCCUGUAUUGUUACACUUAGAUGCGUGAUUUGAUAGUUAAAUUAUUUGAGGAAUAAGGAUGGGAUUUGUAUUUUUCUAGAAUAAAUUGAGUCAGAGUGUAUAGGUUUCACUAUCACAUUUUUGUUACAUCACAAUUUGAGGACUAUUGCACAUAGUUGAAUAUUUCACUGUAAAUAUUUAGCUUAUGCCACAUUCAUUCAUGUACUUCCGCUUAUACUAAAUAAUUAUGGUUUCGUCUAUACAAA